UAGCCAGUCAGUCACAAGCAGCCAUUGGUUGACUUGUCUGCUAUCUGGUAUCAUGAGGCCAUACACAGGGGCUCUGCCGCGCGCGGUACGCCUAUCGGUACCGAAGACUUUACCCCAGAAAACAUUAUGCGGCGCUCGCAACUAUGCGCGGACCGCGGAAGCGUUGCAGAUGAACCAAUCGCCCUCUAGCAGCAUUCGCCCUAUGCUUAGAUGCCCAACCUUCCAAAUUGCGUCGGAUCAAAGACGUUGGAUCUCGCGGAAGUACGUGCAGAAACAGCUGGAGGCCAAAAAGGAAUGGAGUGACUUUGCGGACGAGAUUGAAGCAGGAAAGAGGAAGAGCUUUGCACAACACCUUGAGGAGCGGGGACUUUUGCACGAUGUUGUUGGAGAACGAGAAACGUUAGACCGUCUCUUCACUCAACGGCGAGUUGGCAUGUACGCUGGCGUGGAUCCUACCGCCCCGUCUUUACACGUUGGUCAUAUGCUGCCUUUUAUGAUUUUGGCUUGGGGCUACGUCUGGGGCUUGCCGGUCACAUUUCUGCUUGGUGGUGCUACCGCUCGCUUCGGUGAUCCAACAGGACGACUGAAAAGCCGGGAUCAAGUCCACUCAUCUGUUCGCAAAGCCAACAUGGCGAGCAUGCAUAUGCAGCUCAAGAAGCUGGGCCACAGCAUUGAUGUGUAUGGCCGAAGACAUGGCUACACGAAUAAGUACUGGCGGCGUGCCCUUGUCAACAACAACACCUGGUGGAACUCCAUGCCUGUCAUAGAAUUGCUUCGAGACCUAGGCGUUCACACCCGCCUCGGACCUAUGAUGGGCCGGGAUACGGUCAAAAACCGGCUGUCCAAGGGAGAUGGAAUGUCCUUUGCCGAGUUUACUUACCCCCUAAUGCAGGCAUGGGACUGGUGGGUACUCUUCAAGAAGGGUGUUCAGGUCCAGGUUGGCGGCUCGGACCAAUACGGGAAUAUUCUCUUUGGCAUGGACGCUGUGAAGUCGAUCGGCAAGAACCAGACCGAACCUGAGGAACGCCUCGACUUUAAGAAUGAACUCGAUAGGCCUAUUGGUAUCACAACUCCCUUGCUCACGGCUCCGUCUGGCGAGAAGUUUGGCAAGUCUGCUGGGAACGCGGUCUGGCUCGACAAAGACAUGACCUCUACUUUCGAGUUAUACCAGUUCUUCGUUCGCACACCGGAUGACGUUGUCGAGCGUUACCUGAAGAUGUUCACCUUUCUGCCGCUGCCUGAAAUCGCUAAGAUUAUGGAGGAACAAAACAAAGAUCCAUCUAAGCGCGUGGCCCAGCAUGCUCUUGCUUCAGAGUUCGUCGAGCUGAUCCAUGGCAAGACCGAGGCUGAUGCGGUCGCUCUCCAACAUCGUCAGCUUUUCCGCCCACGGUUAUCUACAGCAGAACCAAGCCCCCUACCUCGGAAACCCGCGACCGGUGGUAGUCCCCAGUCACCAACGGCCGGCUUUGUUACUCCAGAAUCUGGAAACCCAUAUGCCCCCCAGACCAACUUUGCGAACAUGCCCCAAGUGAAUAUCACCCUUCCGCGGUCUCUAGUGUACAAUCAGACGCUCAACAAAGUCCUCUGGUCCGCAGGGCUGGUUGCUUCCAAGAGUGAAGGCCACCGUGCAAUUGAGAACCGGGGUGCUUAUGUCGGUAGUCGUCCGGGAGAUAGCGGGCAAAUGAGUGACGACCUUGCGUUCACUCCCAUCAAGGUAUGGCCCGCGGCGAAGACAGAGGAGUUCGUCAUUGGAGACAAGCUCUUCUUGAAGAUGGGCAAGUGGAAGUUUAAGAUCGUGACCAUUGUGAGCGAUGAAGAAUUCAAGGCGGCUGGAUACACUGCGCCCGGGUGGGAGACGGAAGCGCCGGAAACCGGCAACAGCAAUUAAUGGCCCUCUGGCUGAGCUUUGAAGGCUCUGACUUGAUCAU